UGAAAAAAACAAGUUUUUUUUUCACCGCGUUCAUAAACGUACUAUUUGAAUGCAUAAGAGUUAUCCUGGCAAAUCGCGAUAUUUGCAAUCCAAACAAAAAUAUUGUCUUCUUAUUACAUAAACAUUCGCUUAUAAUCCACUUUAUAUAACCGAACAAAAAAAAUGGUUCUUAUGACUAUGAUAGCAAGAAUAUCCGAUGGAUUGCCAUUGGCCGCAUCCAUUCAGGAUGAUGAAACGAUUGGUCGCAAUAUAGUAAAUUAUCAAAAUCAGGCCAAGCAUUUAUUCCGUAAAAUGAAUGUUGAUUCCCCGUCACAAAUGUCCAUUGAAACAGAUCCAUUCAUGUUUCACAUUCUAAAUGAUAAACAAGUUUGUUAUCUAGUUUUAUGUGAAAAAUCUUUCUCCAGACGAAUUGCAUUUUCAUAUCUGGAAGAUUUGCAACGACAAUUCCAACAAGAUUACAUGUCUCGUGUGAAUAAAGUUUCACGGCCUUAUAGUUUUAUUGAAUUUGAUAAUUACAUACAGAAAGCAAAGAAAAACUUCACGGAUUCACGUGCAAGACGAAAUCUAAAUCAGCUUAACACAGAAUUACAAGAUGUACAAAAAAUUAUGGUUCAAAAUAUCGAUGAUGUUCUUCAAAGGGGUCUGGCCAUUUCAGAUCUUGAUAAUAAAGCUACAAAUUUGUCCGUAUUGUCACAAAAAUACAAAAAAGAUGCUAGAUACCUGAAUCUUCGUGCAACCUAUGCUAAAGUUGCUGCCGGGUGUGUGGUCGUAUUUGUCAUCUUUAUCUAUUUCUGGGUUCUAUAAAAAAGUCAUAAUUUUGCUAAAACUAAAAAAAUUGUCCUAUAAAUCAAAAUAUUGAUCACAAUUCUAUUCGCUCAUUCAAUAUUGAC